AUGGCCCACUAUCCACCCAUGACGAUGCUGGUACAGAGGCCCGCACUUGAGUUGCACUGGUGCGCAGCCACAGCAGAGCUGCGCCAGCACCUGAAAGCGGGCAGCGGCACCGGGGUCCUUUGCCAGUGUAACUGGCCCUUCUGCCGGCAUAUCUCAGACAUGCCAGUUGCCGCCAGCAGAAUGAACCGCAGCAACGCCAGCAGCCUCGAGGCACGCCGAGAACCAGGCGCAGAUUGGCCAACGCGUCCUCCAUGCAACGAGUACCUUUGCCCGUUGCUGCCCCUGCAUACCCUGAUCCCCGUGACUGCCGUGUGCCUGGCAUUGCUGGUGCUCGGCGUGGCGGGCAACGUUCUGACCGUGAUGGUGAUGGGCCGCUGCCAAGAGCUCCGCAAUACCACCAGCCUCUACCUGGGCAGCCUGGCUGUCUCCGACCUAUUGCUGCUGCUGCUUGGACUGCCCCUUGACUUGUACCGCCUGUGGCGCUCGCAGCAGUGGGUGCUGGGCUCAGUGAUGUGCAGCGUGUGGCACUGGUCGAGCGAGGCGUGCGCCUACUGCUCCGUCCUGCACCUGACGGCGCUCACGGCCGAGCGCUACCUCGCCAUCUGCUUCCCGCUGCGGGCCAAAGUGCUGGUGACCCGGUGCCGGGUCAAGGCCCUGCUGGCGGUGCUCUGGGGGGUGGCGCUGCUUUCUGCGGCACCUUUCCUCUUCCUGGUGGGCGUCCGGCAGGCUGGCAACAUCUCCGGGGGCCACAGCUUCAGCCGCGAGUGUGGCCCCACGGCGCACGCCCACCAGUCGGGAUGGCUGGGCAUCAUGCUCUGGGUCACUACCAGCUACUUUGUGCUGCCUUUCCUCUGCCUCUAUGUCCUCUAUAGCUUCAUUAUCAGGGAGCUUCUGCAUGGCAAGAAGACGCACCUCGGUGGAGGGUCACAUCGGAGCCACCAGCAAACUGUGCGCAUGCUGAUUGUGCUGGUUCUAGCUUUCGUGAUUUGCUGGUUGCCCUUCCACAUCGGCAGAAUCAUAUACAUCAAUUCUCGGGAUACCAGGAUGAUGCAUUUCUCUCAAUAUUUCAAUAUUUGUGCGCUGCAGCUUUUCUACUUGAGCGCUUCUAUCAACCCUGUCCUUUACAACCUCAUCUCCAAGAAGUACAGGGCAGCAGCGUACAAGCUACUGAUGACCAAAAGAGCUGGAGAAAGGGCUUCUAGUGUUAUCAGAGAAACUACUGGCUACACCAAGACUACUGGCUACACCAAUAGCAUAAAAAAUGGGAAUGUUGCCCAUUUGUGA